UUCGCCUCCGCCUGCGCGCUCCUCUUCUUAAUGGCGGGCGGUGGCUGCUGAGGGGGCACGCCGAGGACCGCGCCGCCAGCACGGGGGAAAGUUUCCCUGCCGCUUCCUCUCCGCUCGCCGCCGGCGGUGCCCCAGCUCGCCAGCAUGUCGGUGGUGCCGCCCAACCGCUCGCAGACCGGCUGGCCCCGGGGGGUCACGCAGUUCGGCAACAAGUACAUCCAGCAGACCAAGCCCCUCACCCUGGAGCGCACCAUCAACCUGUACCCUCUUACCAAUUAUACUUUUGGUACAAAAGAGCCCCUCUAUGAGAAAGACAGUUCUGUUGCAGCCAGAUUUCAGCGCAUGAGAGAGGAAUUUGAUAAAAUUGGAAUGAGGAGGACUGUCGAAGGGGUUCUGAUUGUACAUGAGCAUCGGCUACCUCAUGUAUUACUGCUACAGCUGGGAACAACUUUCUUCAAAUUACCCGGUGGUGAACUUAACCCAGGAGAAGAUGAAGUUGAAGGAUUAAAACGCUUAAUGACAGAGAUACUUGGUCGUCAGGAUGGAGUCCUGCAGGACUGGGUCAUUGAUGAUUGCAUUGGUAACUGGUGGAGACCAAAUUUUGAGCCUCCUCAGUAUCCAUAUAUUCCUGCACAUAUUACAAAACCUAAGGAACAUAAGAAGUUGUUUUUGGUUCAGCUUCAAGAGAAAGCCUUGUUUGCAGUUCCUAAGAAUUAUAAGCUGGUAGCUGCGCCAUUGUUUGAAUUGUAUGACAAUGCACCAGGAUAUGGACCUAUCAUUUCUAGUCUUCCUCAGCUUUUGAGCAGGUUCAAUUUUAUAUACAACUGAAGACCUACGCAGUGGAGAAGUCAAAGAAGUGGCCUCUGCAAGCACAGCUGUACACAGUGUAGAUUAAAUUCCAUAGACGUGGUUUUGGUUUUAUCUUUCUUGAUCCCUAACUUGACACUGACUCCUUGUUGGAUAGUAAAGUUAAUAUGAACAACUAGAUAGUGGUGUAAACAAAUGUGAUUAUGUUUAUUUUUGGUUUUACCUAUAUUUUUUUGUACUACAUUAAAGAAAGUGGACUUCUAUUUGUUAUUAUCUUUUUUUCCUAUUUCACAUUAAGCUUAUAAAACUCUUACGGGUGAGGAUGAUAAAUUUUCCCUUCCUAGGCUGGUGAAUGAGAGUGACACAUUUAGAUCAGUUAAGCAUCUGGGACCCUUGCUCCAAUGCCUUUCUUGCAGGUAUACUGCAAGACAGUGUUAAGAUCUUGUGAUGAGAUUCUUCUGCUUUUUUAGAGAUUUGCUUGAUUGAGACCAAGGUGCAGCUCCUAGUAUAUUACUGGUUGAUAACAUUUUAAACUGGUAUGUCAAGACCCUAGCUAGGAGAAUUAAUGCAUUGAGAUUAGUCAGCAAAAUUGUGGGAAUUGGUGUAAGAGGUGACUCAUCUAGAACUCAGAAUGAAGACGUAUUUUCCUUUACAUGAGGAUAUUAUUUGUCCUGUUGUGAAAUUCUGUGUUCUUAUUUUUAGUGAUGUAGUAAAGUGAUAUGUGAAGAUAAAUUCUAAAAGUGGGUUAGGUUUUUAGUUCAAUUGGCAAUUCAUAAAGAUGAAUAUUUUGGUUUUAGCAGGUUAUUUGUAAAGCGAAAUCUUUACAAAAUAAGUUUGUAAUGUGAGUCAGCUGAAAACUAAAGGUAAAGUAGUGGUUACAUUUUGAAAGCCUAGACAGAAAUGUCAAAUUAAGCAAUUUUAAAACACUAUUAGGAGUAAGUUUGGAGGAAUAAGAAUAAUCUUCAGGCAAAGUAGUUUAACGUUAAGGAUACCAUAUAAUGUAAGAUGCAGUGACAAAGAAGAGAGGUUGGUUUAGUUGUUCUUAAUAGAAAUGAAUGAAUGAUUAUUCUUUUUUAUGGUGUUGAUCACAAGAAUAGUCUCUUGAAUAUUGGAUUAUGUAAAGGUAUCGUUUAUUUUUCCCUUUUUAGAUGAAAAAUUCGACCAAGAAUAAUUAAGAGACUAAGCAUUCAAGAGUGUUUAAAGUCCUGCUAAAUCUAUAGUUAAACGAUCCAGUGUAUUCUUACUGGGUCUGUGCAUAGUAAUGGUUUAGUGCAGGUGAUCAAAACUGAUUUCCUUUGAGAAAGUCCCAAGUUCCCUGGAUAGCCCUCUUCCCUUAAGGGCCAAGAGUACUUCCCUCUCUGGUUUACACUACAGUAUAAUUUUCUGGUGAGCUUAUUAGCUGAGUUUGUAUUGGAGAAGAAAGAGAGAUGGAGAUGCUUGAUCCUGCUCAUUUCUCAGUUAAAAAGCUACAGUGAACUACAUUGCUGAUGUUUCGACUUUUGCUGUGUGAGAGAAUGGAGAAAGGAUCGAGUUUCUUGGUCUGGUUUAUAAAGUGCACUCCAUAAGGAGAAUCUGAGUUGUCUUCUAAUUUGAGGUUGCUUACGUCCUUAGUAUAUUAACCUAAAAGUGCUUGAUUUAGAAAUGCUUCUUUUUUGAGAAAAAAUUUAUUGAGAAACCAUGAAUUACGAAGUUAUUCACGAUUUUUAGGGGUACAGUGUCAACACCGUCCUUUCACCUGUGGCCACUUUGCUCUACCAAGUCCCCAGUUAACCUCCUGCUCCCAUCUGGUCUCUGGCAGGCACUUUUUCUCUUUUGCCUUUAAGCAACAUGGUUUACAAUAAUGUUACUAAUAGGGUAUUAUGCAUAAUCUUUUCCUCCUUUCAGCACCCAAUCCUAGUGUAGAGUGACUGCUUCCCUGGGUCAUUGUCGUAACAGUUCCUUCCUGGACUUAUCCCACUUCCCCUCACAAUGGCAAAAUUCCUACUAUGGACCUGUUCUCUUGCUCUUUAUUUCUAUUGCCUUUGGGCAUUAUUUAUUUCCCUAUUGUGUUUCUUUAUAUCCUGCAAAUGAGUGAGAUCUUUGCCUUGUUGCUUUCCCACUAUUUCGCUUAGCAUACUCUAGAUUCAUCCAUGCAAGCAGCAAUUUGCACUUCAUCUUUUCUAACAGCUGUGUAGUAUUUCAUUGUAUAUGUCAAUAGCUUUUUCCAUCCAGUUCUUGAGUUAUUGCCACAUUUUGCCUAUUGUGAAUAAUGCUGCAAUGAACAGAAGAGUGCAGAUAUCUUUUGUGCAUUAUUUUUGAUCCCUCCCUUGGGUUAUAUUCCUAGGAGUGGAGUUGCUGGGUCAUAUGGAAGCUCAAUUCCUAGUUUUUUGAGGAAUGUCCGUAUUCCAAAACCAGUUGACAUUCCUACCAACAGUGAAUGAGGGUCCUCCUUACACCCACCCAACGCCCACACCAACACUGGUUGUUCUUUGUGGUGAGUGCCAGUCUCUUUUGUAUGAGGUGAUAUCUCAUUGUUUUGAUUUGCAUUUUCCUGAUGAUUAGUGAUAGAGAACACUUCUUGAUAAUGCCAUUUGGCCAUUUGUAUUUCUUCUUUGAGGAAGUUUUUGUUUUCUCCAUUUUUUGAUGGGGUUGGACUUUUUUUUGUAAAGUUCUACCAGUGCUUUAUAUAUUUUUGAUUUUUUAACUCUUUAUCAGAUGUGUGGUGGGUAAAUAAUUUCUCCCAGUCUGUGUGCCGUCUUUGUGUUCUGGCCUUCAUUUUCUUUGAGGUGUGGAAACUCUUAAUGUAGUCCCAUUUGUUGAUCUUUGCUUUCCACUUGUGACGUUUCAUCCUCAAAGAUGCCUCUAGUAGAAAUGCUUUCUUAAUCUCUAGUAGUUACUCCUACACUAAGACCUAGGUGAGAAAAAUCAUAUUUUAUAUAUAAGUUGACAAGAUUCCUAACUUGGAAUGUAAGAGAUCAGUUUUGAAUAUAAAUUCAAAGAAAUCUUUGAGACUGGUUUUGAACUGGUCAGUUACAGUUGUACCUUAAUAGUUUCUUAUUGCAGGUUUCCUGAUCUAAUUAAAAAACUAGGGAAAUUCAGAUUUGACUAGAUACUACAGUUAUCAGAAUUGGGUACAAGGGUUAAAGUAAAGGUCACACUUCACGAGCCAACAGUCAAACUGUGCAUUCCAAUCCUCUGUAUACUAAAGCAGCUGUUUUCAGAUGAGUUCUUGGUUAGCAGACAUUGUUAAUGACUUUUAGGUUCCCAGUUUGAUUGUAAAUGAUAAUCCCUUUGGCUUUAAAAUAUGCCAUGUUAUUUUUCCCUGAGUGAUACAAGCAGUAUAUACUCUUAUAACUCUAUAGAAUAUUGGAAAAUAUUCUAUAUAUUGGGGGGAGGAGUUUUUACUGAAAUGAUUUUUGUGUGUGAUUCUGGGCCUCAUUGAGAGGCAUGUACUCCCCACUGAGCCACAUUGCUGGUCUCAUCAAAUAUUUAAACUGCAUUUAUGAUUGACAGCCCUAUAGAAAUGGAGAAAAUUUCCCUAAAUGAUAACAUGAUUUUCACCAUUUUAAAAAUGUUUUAGUUCUGUAUGUGAAUUUGUAUUUUUAUCAUGAAUUUUAUAAUCAGCAUUAAUUACAAGGUUCAAAGUCAGUAUUUAAGUAAAACCACCAUAAUACUCGGUCUACUUUCUAGUAUUUUUAAUUAGUUGUGAAAAGUAGAGGUUCCUCAAUUCAGCUGACCUAUAAAACAAUCAGUUUAAAAGUUCCAUUCUUAAAGCUGACUCUCAAUCUCCCGAGUAAGUAGUGGCUUUAUUUUUAUGAAAGUAUCUGCUCACUUGAAAUGAAAUGCUUGGAGGAGUAGUUUAUCUACAGAAAGGUCCUUAAGCUUACUACCUAUCAAACUACCAAUUCAUAGUGUUGGAACACCUUAUGCUGAUCACCAUCAUUAAGACUACUUCUGGGAGUACGCAGCUUUGUAUAGCAUAUUUCCAAAGAAGACUUGGUUUUAACUGCGGUAUAAGUCAGCUUCUGUAGCAUGAGAUUUGAUAUCUAAUAAUUAUUUUACUUGUUGUACAUCAUUAUUUGGGCCCAAAUGGACUGAUUUCAAGCAGUAUACCUUUAUUCAAUUACAUGAGAGAAACAAUGCUGUAAUUUGACUUGUCAAAAACUUUCAUAUUGACUCAAAUUAUAUUAAUCAAAUUUGUGUUUGUGGAAAAAACAAAAAAUAGACUGAAGCCUAAAUCCAGAUUAAGCCAGUUAAGCUGGAAUUUGUAUUUUACUGAGAUUGUAUAAAAGUAUAUUGAAUAAUCUGUUUGAAGGAAAGAUGAGUGCAUUUACAGACACUUUGGUUAAUGCAUUCAUAUAGUGUGAUCACUUAUAGUUUGACUUUCAGAAUUUUCUUGGCAUUACGUUUAUAGAAAACGUAUGAUAAAAGAUAGCUGUUUGAAGUUUUGGUUAUAUUUUUAUAUUUGUAAAGUAACUGUUUGAUUAAAAUGGUCACUGUUUUGUUUUUUAAUUGUCAUUUCAAUAAAAAAAUUAAAAACUAGUAA